UUAGAAGCAGCUCUUCACAGAGAUGAUGCAGAGUUUAUUAGUGACCUGAUUGCCUGCUUGCUUCAGGGCUGCUAUCAACGAAGGGAUAUCACGCCUCAGACAUUCCACAGCUACCUAGAGGACAUCAUUAACUACCGCUGGGAACUGGAGGAAGGGAAACCCAACCCACUGAGAGAAGCCAGUUUCCAAGACCUGCCUCUUCGUACGCGUGUGGAGAUCCUACACCGCCUCUGUGAUUACCGGCUAGAUGCAGAUGAUGUCUUCGAUCUUCUCAAGGGUCUAGAUGCAGACAGUCUCCGCGUGGAGCCAUUAGGUGAAGAUAAUUCUGGGGCACUAUAUUGGUAUUUCUAUGGAACUCGAAUGUACAAGGAGGACCCAAUACAAGGAAAAUCCAACAGAGAACUCUCUUUGAGCAGGGAAAGUGAAGGACAAAAAAAUGGCUCAGGCAUUCUUGGGAAAACAGGAAAAAGAAGAGGAAGACCCCCCAAACGGAAGAAACUACAGGAGGAGAUUAUAGUGAGUGAGAAGCAGGACAAAAAUUCCAUGGCAUCUGAGCCACAGACAAGAAAUGGGCCAGGUCAAGGCACUUGGUGGCUCCUGUGCCAAACAGAAGAAGAGUGGAGACAGGUCACUGAGAGUUUUCGAGAGAGGACCUCCCUUCGAGAACGGCAGCUCUAUAAGCUCCUCAGCGAGGAUUUCCUACCCGAGAUCUGCAACAUGAUUGCCCAGAAGGAGACUCCUAUGAUUGCCAGAAUAGAAAAACAGAAGCGCAAAGAGGAGGAAGAAGAACGUCAACUUCUUAUAGCAGUGCAGAAGAAGGAGCAAGAGCAGAUGCUAAAGGAAGAGAAGAAAAGAGAGUUGGAGGAAAAGGUCAAGGCAGUGGAAGACCGAGCUAAGAGGAGAAAGCUCAGGGAAGAAAGGGCAUGGCUGCUGGCUCAAGGCAAGGAGCUCCCCCCAGAGCUUUCCCACCUGGACCCUAAUUCCCCCAUGAGGGAAGAAAAAAAGACUAAAGACCUCUUUGAGUUGGAUGAUGAUUUCACUGCUAUGUAUAAAGUUCUAGAUGUGGUAAAGGCUCACAAGGAUUCCUGGCCCUUUUUAGAACCUGUGGAUGAAUCUUAUGCCCCAAACUAUUAUCAGAUUAUUAAGGUACCAAUGGAUAUUUCAAGCAUGGAGAAGAAACUAAAUGGGGGUUUAUAUUGUACCAAGGAGGAAUUUGUAAAUGACAUGAAGACAAUGUUCAGGAAUUGUCGAAAAUAUAAUGGGGAAAGUAGUGAGUAUACCAAAAUGUCGGAUAAUUUAGAGAGGUGUUUCCAUCGGGCAAUGAUGAAGCAUUUUCCCGGCGAAGAUGGAGACACAGAUGAAGAAUUUUGGAUCAGAGAGGAUGAAAAGCGGGAGAAGAGACGGAGUCGGGCUGGGCGAAGUGGUGGAAGCCACAUUUGCACCCGCUCCAGGGACUCCGAAGGGCCCAGCAGGAAACAGCAGCCUGUGGAGAAUGGAGGAAAAUCAUUGCCACCUGCACACAGAGCUUUCUCCUCUGAGGCUGGUCAGAGCGGCAGCUCUACACAGCUCCCUCAGGAGGUGGGCACACCAAGUAACCAAGGCCUUCCUCGUCCCCUGCAUUAUGGUGGGAUGCCCAACCAGGCACCCCUUUUAAACCAGCUGAGGCCAGCAGUACCUGGAACAUUUGGCCAUCUUCGAGGGUCAGGUCCUGCUAAUGUAUAUGUCUCCUCAAGAGUCCCAGAACCACACCCCGGGGAGCCUGCGCAGCAGCAUCCACCUUUUGCCUUGCAGCCUCCAGUUGGAAUUAACAAGCAUCGAGGACCCAGGCUGGGCAUGCCCGAAGAGAAGCAAAUGUGUGGGGGGUUAAGGCACCUUUCUAACAUGGGAUCACAUCCUGGUUCCUUGCCUCUUGGGCAAAUGAGUGGCCCCAGUCAGGAUAGAAAUAUGUAUCCCCCAACUCAAUUCCAGCCAGGAUUUAUUCCUCCCAGGCCUGGAGGGAUUCCAGCCCGACCCCCAGACUUUCCUGAAAGCUCAGAAAUUCCUCCCAGCCACAUGUACCGAUCAUACAAAUACCUGAAUCGAGUACACCCUGCUGUCUGGAAUGGGAACCACAGUACAGCAAACCCAAGACUCUUAGGGCCAGAUGAAAAGCCCCUCAUGGGGCCAGGACCGUCCCACCUGCCUCACACUCUUGGUCACAUGAUGGAUUUCCGAGUGAUGAGACCACCUCUUCCUCCAAACCAGUGGACUGAACAAUCAAGCUUUCUACCUCAUGGCAUUCCUUCUUCAGGGUACAUGCGACCGCACUGUAAAUCCGGUGGGCAUCGGUUACAGCCACCUCUAGCACCCAGUCCCCUGUUUGGAGCACCCUCCCAGGUUCUGAGAGGGGUGCAAGGAGGGGACUCCAUGAUGGACAGCCCAGAGAUGAUCGCCAUGCAGCAGCUUUCCUCACGUGUUUGCCUGCCCGGUGUGCCUUACCACCCCCGACAGCCUGCUCCCCCACAUUUACCUGGCCCUUUUCCACAGGGAGCUCACUCAGCAUCAGUUAGUGUGUCAGCCCCCAAGCCUGCCUUGGGGAACCCUGGGAGGACACAGGAUAACAGUGAAAUAGAAGAGCCUGAAAAUGACCAAGCAGAUCCCUUACCUGAGCUUGAGAAGCCACCAAGCGUUGGUGCCUCAGAGGGGGUAUACCUCAAACAACUACCUCACACUACACCGCCCUUACCAACCAACUGUACCAGGCAGAGUUCGCCACAAGAAAGGGAAGCAGAGGGCCCAGAGCUCAAAAAUGACUCCUCAGCAUCUGAAAACAACUGUCAGGCAACAAAGGGCAAAAAUACCUGGCCCUCGGAGAGUGGCUACAUCAGUCCAGCAGCCCAGGGAUGUAUGAGGGACCUCUCCACUCUGGCAAAUAGAGGAGCUCUGCCUGAAAAUGGAGUGGUGGUUGAAGUACCCACUUGUGGAUCAGAAGGGAAGGGCCUUGGUGGUAGUGGUACAGAAAAGCCACUCUGCCCCAGAGGUAAAACAUUGCAGGAAACCAUUUCGUGUUCAGGACAGAACCCAGCUACACCUCCCAAUGCAGACCCCAAUUUGAUGGAAAGCACUGUCAGUCAGUUUUCUCCCUUGUACAUGCCUGGCCUGGAAUACCCAAAUUCAGCUACACAUUAUCACAUCAGUUCAGGCCUACAAGGUCUUGGCCCUGUGAUAGAAAGUAAACCCUCAAUAUCACAUGUUCAGCAUUUUUCCCCGAGGGGCUUUCAUUCUAACAGCCCUCAUUCUGGAGUCUUUCCCCAUUAUCGCCCCCACCAAGGAAUGAGAUAUUCCUACCAGCCACCACCUCAGCCUUCCUACCAUCACUAUCAGCGAACUCCUUAUUACACAUGUCCACAGGGCUUUUCUGAUUGGCAUAGACACAGGCCAGAGAGUCCCAAAGAAUUUUUAGACCUGGACAACCAUAAUGCAGCUACCAAGCAACAGAGUUCAUUAUCAGCCAGCGAGUAUCUUUAUGGGACUCCGCCUUCACCUCUGAGUUCAGGGAUGGGGUUUGGUUCAUCUGCUUUCCCACCUCAGGGUGUGAUGCUACAAACAAGGCCUUCCUAUACACCUCACCAGCCGGCCAGUCAUCUCCAGCCCAGGGCAUAUUCUUCCCCUGUGGCUGCUCACCCACCUCACCAUCCAGUGGCUGCCCAGCCCAAUGGCCUCUCUCAGGAGGGCCCCAUCUACCACUGUCAGGAAGAGGGCCUGGGCCACUUUCAGACAAUAAUGAUGGAACAAAUAGACACUGGAAGUGGAAUAAGGGGACCUUUUCAAGAAACAUACAGACCAUCAGGAAUGCAAAUGCAUCCAGUCCAGGCACAGUCCUCUUUCCCAAAGACCCCAGCACCAGCAACAUUGCAGGAAGAGCUGCCACCACAUAAGCCCCCAACACUCUCUCUUGAUCAGAGCUAGUCCAAGGAGGAAAUAACCCCUAAGAAAACAGAAAGCUGCACAUGAAUACUGGAACAUGGAGAAUUUCGGGGAACAAUUCUCGCCGAUCUUUAUUCCUGUCCCC